GUUGGUGGCGCUGCAUCAACUACCGACGAUAUGGUUAAUAAGUCGGAAGAGCGCACGGCAUCAGCUCCUCCAGCUACCAAAUCGUUAACCACCACGACCAAUGGUGCGGCAGCUAAGGUGCUCUGCUCUGCUAAUAGUAGAGAAUGCCAAUUAAGUGCAUUCGCUCUCAGCUAUGUAGUCCUUGUGGCAUGUGCGGAAGGAAUCAGAGAAUUCCUCGAGCUGUUAGAGAACGCUGUGUUGUGA